AUGAAAGCGAGGCAGUGUAAACACAACUCCAGGAACAUGAAAAGAUCGGGUGACAGUGAGGGGGAGAAGAGAAGAAAGAGGCGGAGGUUACUGCAGGAGUUGGGAGACCAGAAGAUUCCCUUUCUGGGGCCUUCAGACCGGGGCUAUCAGCAACUGUGGGACUCCAGCUACACUGGCCUGGCUUUGAGGAGAUCCUGCUCGCUGCCUACUGAGCUCCAUGGCCGGGUGCAGGCAGCCCUGCUCACUCUGAGAAGAAAGGGCUGCCUCCUGAGGGAUUUGGUUCGUGUUCGUGACAGAGAUGUAUUCACUGCCGUGUCACGGGCUCUGCUGGGUGAGCCGGGUCACACCUAUCGCUAUCUGGACACGCGGCUCUUUGCUAUCCCCUGGCACAGUGAGGACAGUGAGGUUAAAGGACAAAACUGUUGCGACCCUGACCUGAGGGCUGCUUGCAAGUCAUUGUGGGAGCUUAAUACCUUCUUUUGCUCUGAUGUCUCUCAGCUGAAGGAGGGAGACAGGCUAACACAGUGUGCCAAGGCUGGGGAGGUAGAGGCCAAACAGAGUGAAGAGGGGGACACAGAGUCUAAACACAGUGAAGACUCCAAGAAUAGUGAAGGAGGGGACUCAGAGUCCAGACAAAGUGAGGAGGGGGACACAGAAUCCAAGCACAGCGAGGAGUGGGACAUUGAAUCAAAACACAGUGAAGAAGGUUGCUCCGGGUCAAAACAAGAAGGGGAGUGGGAGACUGAGUCCAAACACAGCAGCGAGGAGGGAGAGACCUCCCAGGUAAAACAGGCUGAAGCAGUUGCAACAGCAGUGAAGGAACUCAGUGAAGGAAAAUGCCCCGCCUGGGCACCCAAGGGUGUCAGUGGCACACAGACUGAACCUGUGGGACUAAAGGCCCAGGAGAAAACUGUGGCCCAGCUCAAGCACAGUCUGUCAGAAUAUCAUGUUGAGGAGAAGGAGGAACAGACCAGCGGGCAGGGCUGUUCUCAGCCCAGUCCGCAGCAAGGUUGCCCCCGUUCAGUCAAAUUCAAUGUCACCUUACUCAACUACAUGGACCCCACAGCCAUGAGCCAGCUCAAAGAGGAGCCAUACUAUGGCAUGGGGAAAAUGGCAGUAGGGUGGCACCAUGAUGAGAACCUGAUCAGUCAUUCGCCAGUGGCUGUUUACAGCUAUAGCUGUCAUGAUGACAAAGGUGAAAGCGGUGAGGGAGGCAGCGGUGAGAAGGCAUGCUGGAGGAUUGGGCUGAAGGUAGCCUGGGACAUCCACACACCUGGCCUGAUGCUGCCACUGGAGUCCGGAGACUGCUAUUACAUGAGAGAUGAUUUGAACAGUACCCACCAGCACUGUGUCCUCGCUGGAGAAACUGCACGCUUCAGCUCCACUCACAGAGUGGCCGAGUGUUCCAGUGGGACUCUGACCUACAUUCAGUCACGGUGCCAAGAGGCCCUGUCCAACCUGCACACUGACCCAGAGACAGGAUCCCACAGCCUGCUGGCCCUGCGGCCAACCACGCUACAGCACUGUGAGGAGAUUCACAAUGAGGUGGAGUUCGAGUGGCUGCGACAGUACUGGUUUCAGGGCCAGCGAUACGCACGCUUCUGCAGUUGGUGGACCAGACCGAUGGAGCAGCUGGAGAAGGACUGGAGGCUGAUGGAGACCAUGACUAUGCUGUUGUUGGCCACAGUGGAGGAGGAGGACGGGGCGGAGGAGGGCAGGAGGGAGAUGGCAGAGACCCUGCUAUCUGCUUUGACAGACAGACACCAGCAAAGACAGACAUGGAGAGACAGGUGCCAUUCGAGUCUGGCCCAGACAUUACCCCCUGAGGAGGCCCCUGUCGACCGGCCCUUCUGGGGUGUGGAUGACCCCAGCAUGCCACUGCCCUUUGAUCUGGCUGACAUCAUCAACAGAGUGGAGUCACUUCUAUGGAGGUAG